AUGUUGCCCGCUGUGGCCUGUUUAAACGCAUUUUUUUUUGUGUGGCUCAUUUUUACCUUGUUGAAAAAUAAACUGAGCUAUAAUACAAGCGAAAGACAAAAUGGUCCUGUCGAAAUUGGAGUGGUCCUGGGCUCCGGAGGUCACACAUUCGAGAUGUUACAGAUAUUGGAGCUCAUCAAAGAUGGCAACAUAAGUUUUCACUUCUUUUACGCAAAUAAUGACUUAUUAAGUAGGGAAAAGGCAGAAAAUGCUUUAAAGGAAUACAAAAAGGAUUUCUUUGCAAUUCCAAGAUGCCGAAAUGUUGGCGAGUCGUACAUACGGUCGUCAAAAAGGUACAAAAAGGCCAAGUAUUAUGGCUACUUGUUCUGA